UUUAUACAUGCGGAUAUAACGGCUCGUGACGCAAUCAAACUCGGUUUUUACAGGAAUAUAACAGACUAAACGGCAAGAGUACGUUAAUAUAUUUUUUUGCUUUACAUAGUUAUAUAUAUAUAUAUAUAUAUAAUUUUUAAGUUAAAACGAAUCGUUUUCUGUGACUUGUCUGUUUCCUGAUCCCGCGUGCGCUACCUGAACAAGUUAUUCGCGGGCUAAAAAUGUCCUAGUCUUCUUCAACAUUGACAACUAACAUGUGGAUGUUCUGCCAUUCACCUACAGUGACUGUUGAACAAUGCGUGUCUGUUCAGUCUGUAUGAUUGCCCAAAGCCAAAGAAACCCUAACAAAUCUAGUAAAAUUACACGAUAGCAAUACAUCACACUUUACCUCUCCAUAAUUUAUUGUGGUUCAGUCAGGACAACACAUAAACUCUCAGUAAGUUUAGUUAACCUUCAAAACCUUGAGGGUUAGGGUUUCAAAGAGAAGUAAUUGUAUACACACAUUGAUACCUCGUUUAAUUUUGCUGCUAGCAAAUAUCACAUCUAUUUUGAUAUACAUUCCCUUAUAUCGUGACACCUCAAUCUUUAGAGCAAUCAAUCAGGCACAAUGGUUUCGACAACUCUUGCCACUCUUACCCUGGCGGGCACCACACUGGGGAUCAUGGCCCAGGUCACUGAUGGGCCACUGACAGACUACAUGUGGCUUCUCAUAGUUGGCUUUAUCAUCGCCUUCAUCCUAGCCUUCUCUGUGGGGGCCAAUGAUGUGGCCAACUCGUUUGGCACGGCAGUGGGCUCUGGAGUGGUCACCUUGCGGCAGGCCUGCAUCCUGGCCACUAUCUUUGAGACCGUUGGAUCUGUGCUUCUUGGAGCAAAGGUCAGCGAGACCAUCCGCAAGGGCAUCAUCGACGUGGGCAUGUACAAUGGCUCCGAACACGAGCUGAUGGCUGGCUCUGUCAGUGCCAUGUUUGGUUCUGCGGUAUGGCAAUUGGUGGCCUCAUUUCUCAAGCUGCCCAUCUCAGGGACCCACUGCAUUGUGGGUGCUACCAUUGGCUUCUCUCUGGUGGCCAGAGGUCAACAGGGGGUCAGGUGGCUGGAACUCCUUCGGAUUGUUGCCUCCUGGUUUCUCUCCCCCCUUCUGUCUGGCAUCAUGUCAGGCGUCCUUUUCUACUUUGUUCGUAUGUUCAUCUUGCACAAGAAAGACCCGGUGCCCAACGGUCUGAAGGCCCUGCCUGUCUUCUAUGCUGUCACCAUGAUGAUCAACCUGUUCUCCAUCAUCUUCACUGGCGCUCCAAUGCUUGGAUUUGACAAGAUCCCAUGGUGGGGCACACUGCUCAUCUCUUUGGCCUGUGGUGUGCUGACCGCCCUGUUGGUCUGGUUCAUCGUCUGCCCACGCCUCAAGAAGAAGAUUGAAGGAAAAAUCAAGUCUUCCAGCCCCUCUGAGAGCCCCCUGAUGGAGAAGAGGGAACUGAGGGAGGAGCCUGUACCCUGUACCAUCCUGAAGCCUGUCCCUGAGGAGCCCCCUUCACCCCUCUCCUGCCUUUCCGCUGACCCAGACACCCUCUCCCAGCCUCCCCAAGAGGAGCGCAGGGUAACCUUUGGCAUUGGAGAUUCUGAUGAUGGCGACAACAAGGAAGGCAAGGAGUCUGAGAACGGCAACACCAAUGUCUCAAAAGUGCAGUUCAGCAAUGAUGUGCAGUUCAGCGACGGCCCUGCCCACGUCCCCAGCAACGGUUACAGCCAAUACCACACGGUGCACAAGGACUCCGGCCUCUACAAGGACCUGUUACACAAGCUCCACCUUACCAAGGUGGGCGACUGCAUGGGCGAGGCAGGCGACAGACCCAUCCGCCGCAACAACAGCUACACCUCCUACACCAUGGCCAUCAUCGGCAUGCACGGGGACUUCCGGCCCAAAGAGGGCGAGUUCCACGCCAGCGAGGACAAGGGUACAGAGGAGAAGAAGAAGCGUGUGCGCAUGGACAGCUACACAAGCUACUGCAACGCUGUGGCCGAGCACGGGGCUCCUGAGGGCCUGGGGGAGGCAGAGGUGACUCUGGAGAUGGGAGAGGAGGACGCUGGCAGCAGCCGCAGCUCUCUGGAGGAGGAUGGCCAUGACCAUGACCGCCCAGAGGUCUCCGAGCUCUUCAGGUUCCUCCAGAUCCUCACCGCCUGCUUCGGCUCCUUCGCCCAUGGAGGCAACGACGUCAGCAAUGCCAUUGGUCCCUUGGUAGCUCUGUGGCUGGUGUACAAUAGUGGUUCGGUGAACUCCAGCGCCCCCACACCCAUCUGGCUGCUGUUAUAUGGAGGAGUUGGCAUCUGCCUCGGGCUCUGGGUGUGGGGUCGCAGGGUUAUCCAGACCAUGGGCAAGGACCUCACCCCAAUCACUCCCUCCAGUGGUUUCAGCAUUGAACUUGCCUCAGCUCUGACCGUUGUGGUUGCCUCCAACAUUGGCCUGCCUGUCUCCACCACCCACUGCAAGGUGGGCUCUGUGGUAGCGGUUGGCUGGCUGCGGUCCAGGAAGGGUGUGGACUGGCGUCUGUUCCGGAACAUCUUCAUGGCCUGGUUUGUGACUGUGCCCAUCUCUGGCCUGAUCAGCGCUGCCAUCAUGGCCCUCUUCAUCUAUGUCAUCCUGUGAGCCCAGGGCUUCCUGCACCCCACAACAGGGGAGGAGAAGGAACAAAUGCCCGCUCGCACCAGGGGAGAGGAGGGGGAGUGAAAAGGAGAAGGGGUUGGAAGGCGGGUAUAUGCCCCUAACCAACAUACCCAAAGGAAAAAAUACAUGAAGAAAUGUUAAAGGGAAAAAAAUGAUGUUAUGAUAUUGGCCUGUGGUUCUUGGCUGCAUCAUUCUCAACCUUAAGUGAUGGUUGGUUGUUCCGCCAGAUCACUUCCAAUGGGACAUACAUUUUGUCUGACUUGGCUGUAUUUAUUUGCUUUUCAAUGCUCAUGAUCUUGUAAAUAACUACUGGUAAUCAAAGCAUUUUCUGAUACUCCACUACUUCCGUUUUUUUUAUUGUGUAAUUAUGUACAUACAACCAUGUUCCUGUUUUUUUUUAAAUCUUAUUUUACAAGUUCAUAUGACACAAUUACAAUGCAGUAUUGGCCUUUAUUGAAAUAUCUAUUUCUCCUGACAUACAUAAUAAAAAAAAAAAAAAAUGCUCAAAGUAACCUAGAAUUAGCAGUAUUUUUAGGUUGAAAAUUGAGAUUAUUGGGGUGUUCUCCUUUACAUGCCAUUGUCAAAUUUGUUUGCGUGUCUUUUUGUCACUAAACAAGUUUAAGAAUUGUGUGUGGAAUAGUUUUUCCUCAUGUGCAGGAGCGCUUGUUUUCCCCUCGCCCUUUCCUGAUCGAACCGAGUUUGACUGUCACUCAGCAACUGAACAGAACCCUGGUCUGUAUAGAAGUACAGGAAACGAUGCGCAAGCCCCUCUGAGCUGAUUGUCUCAGCUUCCUCAACUUGUUACAAUGGUCCCUCUGAUUUUCUGUACUUUAGCUGUUAGUCAUUGGCUCUGCGUUAUUGUAAUGCAAUAGAUUUUUUUAUGUAGUGUCAGACUACCUAAUUUAACUGAAAUGCGCUCAACAUGAAACCAGACUGAGUAGACCCCUUUGUUUCUCUACUUGCCAUAUGCUCUUUGAGCACAGAGCAGGUGUUACGGGACCUGACCUAGCCUAGCUCUUACCACGCUGGCUCUUGGGACAAAUCAUAAUUUAUUCAUUGGGAAAUUGGCUAAAAUUGCACAUUUUUCUAAGUAAUGUUUAAGUGGUCUGAAUCAGUCACACUUUCAUGUGGCUAGUUAUUUUAAAUAAAAUUGUUUUAAUGGCAUCAUUGUAAGAAGUUGAAAUUGUCACUUUCAAUUGUUUUGAAGCAAGUGAAGGAUAAAACCAUCUAGUUCCAUACAUCAGUAUAUAUUCUGGGUUAGUUUUGGCAUUAAUCAUGGUGGUAGCAGACCUCUACUGAAAACACGAGGUAAACCUGAACAAAUGUAACACUCGUGAAAAGACCUUUACAUUUCCUGUUAAACUUGAUUGCAUCAAACUAGAUGGUGUAAUGCGUUAGUGCUGCUCAAGCCUUCUGUAGUCUCUGUUUUGCAAUUUAACUGCAGAAUUGUAACAAGUAACUUCCCUGUACUCUUUCUCUGUGGAAUGUACACUUGCAUACACAUCGGGUUGCUCUUGCCACCCUCUCUCAGCUAUAUGUUUUAUAUCUGGUUGAUGAGAUUAGUGUGAGAGGUGGCAGGUUACUACCCUAAACCUGGUGGUGUGUGGACCUUGACCAGAUGCUCUGUUGGAAAGGGGGGUGGUGUACUGCUGUGAUGCCACCAAGAGUUGCAGUACUGGGCUGCUGCAGUACUAAAUGCAUUUAGACUUAUCGAUGCUGUAGUUGCCUUAAAGUUGUUUUUUUAGUCACCAAAGAAAAUACUGGUUUGUUAUGCACAGACUGCAUACAGUCUACUCAGACUGGGGGAGGGAAAAUAAAUACAAAUUGAAAGCUA